CCUCCCAAACCAACCAUUUCUCCAAAUUCACCCAUUAAUCCCUUCAGCUCCACUACCCCACCUCUUCAGGAAUAUGGACUACUUCCUCCUUUUUGUUUUACUCUUGGUUAUCUUUGAGUAUCCCUUGACAUCAAGCACUCCUGAAUUGUACUACAGAAGCUGUAGUAAUCAGUUCAGGUGUGGGAAAAUUGUUGCAGAUUUUCCAUUCUGGGGAGGGGAGCAAAGACCUAGUUACUGUGGCUAUCCAGGGCUUAAACUCCAGUGUGAGAAUGAUACCGCUUUUAUAAAAAUUGAUGGGGUUCGAUAUCGAGUUCUGGCGAUUGAUCCGCCCUACAACCACAACAAAAUGAGGAUUGCAAGGGAGGACUAUGAGGGUGGACUCUGUCCCCGGAAUAUCCAGAACACAACCCUGGAUACUACUCUCUUCGUCAUUUCUCUGGGUUAUAUACCUCUUACAUUACUCUAUGGCUGCCCGAGUUUCUUUCCAUUUGACCUCCUUGCAAACUUCAGUUGCAAUAAUGUUUUCCAUUCAAGCAUUGGACUCAUCGUACCAGGAGUUACUGGUCCUCUGGUUUGUUCUGCUAGCGUCACUGUGCUGGUUCAUAUAUCUGCCUCCACAGGAAAGGAGAUCGAACAAGCCUUAAAAUAUGGAUUUGAAGUUGAGUUGAAGGUGGAUGACAAAGCGUGUCAGAAGUGCCUAGAUUCCAAGGGAAAGUGUGGCAUUGACAACAAUCAAACGGUUUGCUACUGUCUGGGAUCAAGUACUUCACUUGCAGAAUGCCCUCCCCCUCCUGCUAACGUGCCUGCUACCAUUUCCCUUCCAGCGCUGCCACCACCACCACCACCAGCACCAGCAGCAGCCAAUAAGUCAGGUAAGUACCUUUAUUUCAAGGUACUCUUAUAGAAGAAAACACUCAACUUAGAUUCUUACUGGUUUUUACACUGAAUUUCCUUCAUCUUCUGCAUAUUAAAUUUGUUAAGCAUAGAGAAAUCCUGCUGACUAUGUAGCGAAGACUGAUUCAAAAGCUUCAUCUACCAAACCAUCACUUUCCCCUUUAUUUUAAGUGGUACCACACCAUCACACCAAGCAUUUAAUUUUUAGUGGUUUAUCACAAUUAUACAGCAGCCAACCAUAAAAGCUUUAGGUAAUAUGUCUGUUCUUAGGUAACUAAUAUGGACAACUAUCCAUUGCCACCCACUGCCUCAUGGACCAUUCAGUCGGUGUGCCUAAGGUCAAAAGGAGACACCCAUACAAUAAAGAAAAGAGCCUUCUUCAUCCCACCAAAAGGAAAAGGGAAAGAAAAUGUCUAAAAAGGCAAUUUCUUGGUUCAUAUUCUGCAAUUAAACAUGAAUAAUCUUUUUCCUCAUAAAAAAACAUGAAUAAUCUUUGUCUUGUUGC